ACAUCAUCAAUCAGUUUCAACAAAGUCUGGAAAUCCUACUGUUGCACCCAAAUAAAUAUACUACUCCAAAACAAACCCACCGGUGACCUAACCAACGAUUAAAUACUCUAUUCUUUCAAUUCAUGCUUCUUUGGACUACAAUUAAGCCCAAUUCUUGAUAGUGAGUUGCCCUGAUGUCUCAGCCACUUUCUAUUCAUCUGCGUUUCAAAGAAAAUUACUACUGGGUUUGGAUUUUUACAUAGUUUACAAUUAUAUACUUACGCGCUGUGGAGCUGGGGUUUUGAAGAAGCUUUGUCUUUUUUUAAGGGAAAUAUGAAGUUGUGCCCUGUCUUCAACUUCAUUUAGCAGGGUGGUCACAUUCGAGUGGUCUAUAAAUUAUCGAUAAAAGAAAGGAUCAAUAAAACCUAGCACUUGACUUGAUUCUGCAGUUCCUCCCAACUUACCACUUUGGGCAGUUUAAUGUCUUUCCGCAGUAUAGCUCGGGAUUUGAGGGAGAGUUUUGGCAGCCUAUCGCGGCGGAGUUUUGACGUGAGGUUGCCAGGACAUUAUAGGGGGAAAUCACAUGGUUCGUUCAAUGACUUGAGUGACCAGCCUUUGGUUAUUCAGAACAGUAGGUGGGCUAAUCUGCCGCCUGAGCUCCUUUAUGAUGUAAUUAGAAGGUUGGAGGAGAGCGAGAGCACAUGGCCCACCCGGAAACAUGUAGUUGCGUGUGCAGCUGUUUGCCGGUCUUGGAGGAGCAUGUGCAUGGAAAUAGUUAAAAAUCCAGAAUUUUGCGGAAAACUUACUUUUCCUGUUUCUCUUAAGCAGCCAGGGUCACGUGAUGGGACUAUUCAGUGCUUCAUCAAGCGAGACAAAUCUAAUUUAACCUACCAUCUGUUUUUGUGUCUCAGUCCUGCUCUGCUAGUUGAAAAUGGGAAGUUUCUUCUCUCAGCUAAAAGAACUCGGAGAACAACUUGUACAGAAUAUGUUAUCUCUAUGGAUGCAGAUAACAUCUCCAGAUCAAGUAGCACAUACAUCGGCAAACUAAGAUCAAAUUUUCUCGGUACGAGGUUUUUGAUAUACGACACACAACCUUGUUCCAACGUCCCACCACCAGGGAGGUCGAGCCGCCGAUUCUACUCCAAGAAAGUAUCUCCAAAAGUGCCGACAGGGAGUUACAACAUAGCUCAAAUCACCUACGAGCUGAAUGUGCUUGGCACACGCGGUCCACGGAAGAUGAACUGCAUUAUGCACUCGAUCCCCGCCGCGUCCAUCGAACCUGGUGGCAUGGUGCCCGGCCAUCCGGAGCUUCUGGCAAGAUCCCUAGAGGACUCAUUCCGAAGCAUCUCGUUCUCACAGUCUCUAGACCACUCCACUGAAUUCAGCAGCACGAGAUUUUCCGAGAUGGCCCGCUUGUCGAAUGAGGAUGAUAAUAGCAAAACGCGGCCGUUGGUUCUGAAGAAUAAGGCUCCCCGGUGGCACGAGCAGUUGCAGUGCUGGUGCCUCAACUUCCGGGGAAGGGUGACAGUUGCAUCCGUGAAGAAUUUCCAGCUGAUUGCUUCGACAGAAGCAGUUGCUGCUAGCGCCGCCCCGACGACUUCCCAGCCGGUGGCCUCGGACCAGGACAAGAUAAUUUUGCAGUUUGGUAAGGUUGGGAAGGACAUGUUCACCAUGGAUUAUAGGUAUCCAUUGUCUGCAUUUCAGGCAUUUGCAAUCUGCCUAAGCAGCUUUGACACAAAACUAGCUUGUGAAUAGACGAAAUUAUCCCUGGCUUGAUUCUACUGAACCGAACUCCUUGCACGUGUGAGAAUGAGAUGGUGUUUGUAGCUCUGUCUUUGUUUGUGGAUAAAUGAUUUUCUCCAUCUUUAUUUAGGGAGGAUGAUGACGAUUGUUAGUUUGUAUUUUAUUUGCCACCAUAAUAUGAUUCCCAGCUUGCUAGAAAUAAGACUUCUUGAUUCAAGACUUAA